AUGGUAAAACCUGUUUUCGUCGCUAGACGUCGCGUAAGCCCGUCUCGACUCAGCCCCUUCGAGCCAAACAGUGUUCGGAGACGGCCGCCCUUUAGGCGUUUUCUGGCGUGCUGUCUUCCCCUGCCCCUGAUCAUAUUGGACUGGAAAGCGGGGAGUCGCCGGUUCAGCCCGCCGUCCAAGUCCUCUCGUAUAUGUCCACCUCGCAGGUGGCUCACGCUAUCCGACUCUGGUUGUCCAUGCGCUACCUAUGCUGCAGCUGCCCUUGGCGCGCUUCUCUCGUCCCUCUCGGGACUUAUCGCAGUUGCUUGUCUUUUAGUCCCGCACCGACGGACGGUGAGAGCGGGCUUCUAUAGUCUGGGCCCGCUUCGUUUCCUAUGUUAG